GCAUAACGAGGAAGUUGAGCAACAAUGUAGAAACUCAGAGGUCACAGAGUGUGGACUGUUUUCAGCUGAGUUUCAUUAGUCUCUGUCCCACAGUGUCCUCCACUGACCCUCAGUCUGCUGUCUCUGGAGCUGAUCAGCCUGUUAUCGAUCCUGACCUGAUGAUCAGGGCGGUGUAGCGGCCACAGAGAGAGGAAGAGGAUCAUGUUUACCGCCUUGGUCUGUGGAGCUGUGGUGUUUCCAGGACUUUUCUUCAGCUUCAGGAAAAUACUGACACGUACUUUCACACAGUGGAGUGAAGCCGACGUGGUUUCUGUCAGCGGGAGGCUGGUCUCUGCCAUCCAUGCAUCUUUGGCUACUGCAGCCGGAGUCAUAGUGGUGACGUCCUGCAGGGAUGUCAUGACUGACAGUCACUGGCUGGUCAAUGGGUUUGUCAUGUUCGGAGCUCCCUACAUGGCCUACGACAUCUACGCCAUGUAUCUGAGCCACUACCACACUCAGAGGGUCAGAGGUCACACCAGUUCAUACAGUGCCCACUCUCUUCAGACGGUGAAGGCGUUCCUCCGUAAGGACUGCAUGUUGGUCCUCCAUCAUCUGACGCUGCUUCUCGUCUUCCUGCCCAUCGCUCUGUUCUUCAGACGGGGACUGGGGGACUUCUUCAUCGGCUGCCUGUUCACCACAGAGUUCAGCACGCCUUUCGUCUCUAUAGGAAAGAUCCUCAUCCAGCUGGGCCUCGACAACACCAGGCUGCACAGAAUCAACGGCAUCAUCGUCCUGUUGAGUUUCUUCACCUGUCGGAUCCUGAUCUUCCCCUUCAUGUACUGGAUGUACGGACGGCAGUUUGGGAUUCCUCUGCACCGAGUGGCCUUCCACCUGCCUCUGCAGUGCAACGUGGGUAAUCUGGUGAUCCUGGCUCCGCAGAUCUACUGGUUCAACCUGCUGCUGAGGAAAGCCAACAGAGUCUACCUGCGACAGAGGAGAGGGAAUGGAGACGGAGACAAAGACAGGCCGAAGACGGACUGAGGAGUCCAAACUGUUUAGGAAAUAAUCUGGUAUUACACUGAGGAUGAAUGUAUGAGAGUAUUAUGACCACUGUGACGGGAAAAAACAUCACAGUGUUUGAGAAUAAGUAAUUAUAUGGGGAAAAAGAGUUCAAGUAUCUCGGGGUCUUGUUCACGAGUGAGCGCAGAAUGGAGCGUGAGAUGGAUCGGCAGGUUAGUGCGGCUUCUGCAGUGAUGUGGGCGCUGCGCCGGUCCGUCGUGGUGAAGAGGAAGCUGAGCCAGAAGGCAAAGCUUUCAAUUUACUGGUCCAUCUACGUCCCAACCCUCACCUAUGGUCAUGAGCUCUGGGUAGUGACCAAAAGAAUGAGGUUGCAGAUACAAGCAGCUGAAAUGAGUUUCCUCUGUGGGGUGUCUGGGCUCAGCCUUAGAGAUAAGGUGAAAAACUCGGACAUCUGGAGGGAGCUCGGAGUAGAGCCGCUGCUCCUUCACGUCGAAAGGGGUCAGUUGAGGUGGUUCAGGCAUCUGAUCAGGAUCCUCCUGGGCGCCUCCUGUUGGAGGUGUUCUGGGCACGUCCCACUGGUAGGAGGCCCCGGGGCAGACCCAGAACACACUGGAGGGAUUACAUAUCUCAUCUGGCCUGGGAACACCUUGGGGUCCUCCAGGAGGAGCUGGAAAGUGUUGCUGGGGAGAGGGAUGUUUGGGGUGCUUUGCUUGGCCUGCUGCCCCCGUGACCUGGCCCUGGAUAAGCGGAUGAAAAUGGAUGGAUGGAUGGAUGGAUGGAUGGAUGGAUGGGGAAAAAGAAUCCUAAUAUAUUCAGAAUAAAGUUGAAUUUUAUGAGAAAAACUGGUUAAAUGUCAGUGAAGAUCCUCGGUACUCUCAAGUGCUAUAUCGUAGGCAACUCAAGCACGUCCAGUUUA